AUGGCCGCCGUCCAGUCACCGUCGCCCUACCAGUACCAUCUCUCAGACAAAACUCUAUUCGCCGUUACCAAGGUGAUGGAGGUGACGUGCGACGAGGAGACGUGCGCGCGGUGGUGCAUGGAGGUAGAGCUUAUAGACAAGAUUAAGCUGUGCCCCCAGUGCAACGGCCCGAUGAAACCCUCACUCAAGAGGCUACGCUGGCGCUGCUACCGCCGCACCAACCACAAAGAAGGCAAAGAGGUUACUCGGAGCAUGCUGUCCAGCUCCUUCUUCAGUGAAGCCAAGGUGGGACUUCACCGAGCUGUGCGUCUACUGCUAGCAUGGUGCAUGCAGCUUCCCCAUGACCAGGCAGGUAAGCUGGCCGAUGUCUGCGCGAGAACUGUGCACACUUGGUACGCGUUCUGUCGAUCCACCUGUUCGAAAGAGCUUCUCAAGGCAGAAUUCAAGAUUGGAGGCGACGGACAUAUCGUUGAGAUUGAUGAGACCAGUCUGGCCAAGAAGCGCAAGUACAAUCGUGGUAAGCAUUACCAAGAGUUCUGGUUAUUUGGAGGUGUUGAGCGAGUUACAGGCCGUUGGUUUGGCCGAGUCGUCUACGACAAGCGCACGAAAGACACGCUUCUCCCAAUAAUCAAACAGUUUAUUAAACCUCGAACCAAAAUUAUGUCCGACAUGUUCGCUACUUACGUGUGUGAGCGUGGGAAUAAACUGCAUACGCUGGAAACUAACAGAAUGCUGCUGAACAUGGAAUAUACUCACAGCUGGGUCAACCACAGCCUUAAUUUCGUGGACCCCAUCACUGGAACCCACACGAACACUAUUGAGGGGCUGUGGGAGACCCGAAUCAAGAGGCACAUCAAGUCCAUGCGCGGCAUGACUAAGAAGCGACUUGACGAGUACCUGGAUGAUAAACUAAACGGGUGUGUCUACAACGGAGUGGACUAUGGCGCGCAACACAACGGUCACACAGUGAGUGAAUACUCCUUAUCUUCGAUUACGACACCCAGAAGGAGUGAGUCGAGCACGGCAUCAUUUAUCGCGAUCUACGUGGUGUCCAUGUUCCUGUCUCAACUUGAUCUCGAAUUCGUUACCUACGAAAUCGCUGAGAAUGCGGGUAUUUCCGUCAAGACUGUCAAAGAUGAUCCCUUUUGUAUUGAUUGA